AUGAGUGGGUUAGGCCCUCCCGCAGUGUGGGCUGCCCAGAAAAGGCUCGAGUCGUGGGCCAAGGCGGCAAGGGAAAGGACUUCCAGUGCAAGUAGUGGACAAAGUCACAACUCUACUGAUAGCUACGGUGAUGAUAAGUCACAUGGAAGCCCCAGUGAGAUGCUGAUACCCAAAGAGCAAUGUCGUGUUCAGCCACUAAGCGAAACACGUACCGCAUCGUCCCUACCCCACGCAAGGCUCGCGCGAACUCCUUCCAUAUCAUCUCAGAGCAGUCUUGAUAGCGGCACCUCCAGAGCUACAAGUCACCGUGGUUCAUCGCCCGCAAUACGCACCUUCGCUCCUGAUGGCAGAACGUUGGAAGCUGGCGUAACUGGUAUACCUCGAUCACCAUCGCCCCUUCGAGCAGCGUCGUUGGACGUGAGAGCGGCACCGAUGGCGCACGGGUCGUUAGCCUCGCUGGCUGACUCCCCCGCACCUCCCAGCCCGAGGCAUGCACCGCCUCGAUGUCUCUCACCAUUAUUGAUGCCGCCAAGAAGAAUAGACAGAAGUAAUUCCUUAGUUGAAAGCAGUAGCGGGGCUCCACUCAGUCCUGGGGCCGGCGCCGCAAUCAGCGCCCUAGGAGCCCUACAGCCAGAUCUCUAUACCAAACGGGAGGCCCCUCUAGUCAUCGAGCUAGAGGGCGCCGGGCCCUCCUUGGGAAGAAUCCACCUGCGUCUUAAAUACGACUUCGAUAGGUCUGAUCUUGAAGUACAUUUGAUUGAAGCUCAUGAUCUUGCGGGCUACGAAGCAGGGGGUUUCAACGACCCCUAUGUACGAGUGACUUUAUUGCCCGAGGUGGACACCCGAGUGCGGCAGACGCCUGUCCACCGAAAUGAAGCGAACCCCUUCUUCGACCAGCAUUUCAAGUUCCCCGUAUCACACGAUGAACUUAGUGACAAGACGCUCUUGCUCCAAGUGUUUGAUUAUGACAGAUUCUCUCGCAACGAAGUGAUGGGUUCCGCCAAGGUGCCGCUCUCCCGCGUCGAAGUGGCUGGGGGCGCGGAAGUCUGGGCGGAACUCUCCCGAGAGCGACGUCCACCUGAGGAGCUGCAGGAAUUGCUUCUCUCUCUCUCCUACUUACCUUCAGCGGAACGGCUAACUGUCGUAGUUCUGAAGGCGAGGAAUUUACUGCCACCUCAAGAAGGAAAAGAAGCUUUGGAUGUUUACGUGAAAGUGUACUUGCUAGUGAACGGGAAGCGGGUCAAAAAGAAGAAGACUAACAGAAAAGAGAUCAACAACUCAGUGUGGAAUGAAGCGCUCUCCUUCAGUCUACCGUCGUCUAAUUUACAUGAGGCUUCCAUUGAGGUGUGCGUGGUGACCGGCGGCGGGAGCGGUUUAGUGGUAGGCUGGUGUUGUGUCGGAGCUGCAGAACCAGCAGCGGAAGGUCGCCACUGGGCGCAGAUGGCGCAGGAAACUCGCAAAGCGGUCGCCAUGUGGCACACGCUCAGAUAAAUCACACCUACAAUAUGAUCUUACACUUAAAGAGUCGCAAGAUCCGCAGAAAUUCAAGCUGCCGAAAUCGCAUUGAAUGUAUAAUAGCGAUCAUAGAAUCCUAGUGAUCUGAGACAAAUUCCCAUGUUUGUGAGAAAAUAAGCGC